ACACAGAUCCCCAGUUAUCCGUUCACUCCCCCUGCAGCUGUAAAAGUGUGUCACACAUUACACACUCACAAUAUUCAAAUUCAAGCAAGCCCUACACAAAUGUUGAAUCAAACACAACCAUUCCCAAUUCAAAUCCCUCCCCUUCUCAAACACUCGUAAUCAAUCUCUCCCUCUCAUAAAACUAAAACAAAUUUAAUUGAAUUCUCACAGGGGAGGUUAAAUACUAAAUGACUGCUUAAACAAACCCUAACCAACAUGGGGAUUUGUGUUUCCAAACCCUCCCCUGAACCUGAUUUACACAAUCACCACACCUCUAUUCCAGUCAAACACACCUCUAUUCCGGUCAACGACACCUCUAUACCGCCCCAGGAUAACUCUAUUCCACCCAAGGAUAUUGCUAUUCCAGCUCAGGAUAAUAACAAACCGCCUGGUAAGAAAUCUCCGUUUUUACCGUUUUACAGUCCCAGUCCAGCGCAUUUUCUGUUCUCGAAGAAGUCGCCGGCGGUUGGAUCUCCGGCGGCCGGAAGCUCCAAUUCGACGCCGAAGCGGCUGUUUCCGUUCCCGCCGCCGUCUCCGGCGAAGCACAUUAAGGCUGCUUGGGCGAGGCGGCAUGGCUCGGUGAAGCCUAAUGAGGCGGCGAUACCGGAGAACAAUGAGGUGGAUGGCGGUGCCGGAUUGGAUAAGAGUUUCGGGUUUUCGAAGAAGUUUGGGAGUAAGUUUGAGGUUGGGGAGGAAGUUGGGAGAGGGCAUUUUGGGUAUACUUGUAGAGCUAAGUUUAAGAAAGGGGAGUUUAAGGGGCAGGAUGUCGCUGUUAAGGUCAUCCCGAAAGCAAAGAUGACCACGGCCAUAGCCAUUGAAGAUGUCAGAAGGGAAGUGAAAAUUUUAAGAGCUUUGACAGGACAUAACAAUCUUGUACAGUUUUAUGAUGCAUACGAAGAUCAUACUAAUGUCUAUGUUGUGAUGGAGUUAUGUGAAGGAGGUGAGCUUUUGGAUAGAAUUCUUUCAAGAGGUGGAAAAUACACAGAAGAUGAUGCCAAGGCCGUUAUGAUACAAAUAUUAAAUGUCGUUGCAUUUUGUCAUCUACAGGGUGUGGUGCACCGAGAUCUUAAGCCAGAGAAUUUCUUGUUUAAAUCAAAGGAUGAGGACUCACAACUGAAGGCUAUUGAUUUUGGAUUAUCAGAUUAUGUGAAGCCAGAUGAAAGGCUAAAUGAUAUUGUUGGCAGCGCAUACUAUGUGGCUCCAGAAGUUUUACAUAGAUCUUACAGUACUGAGGCUGAUGUCUGGAGUAUCGGUGUGAUAUCAUAUAUCCUAUUAUGUGGCAGCCGUCCAUUUUGGGCUCGAACUGAGUCUGGGAUCUUUCGAGCUGUUCUAAAAGCUAAUCUUAGUUUUGAUGAACCACCCUGGCCUUCUGUAUCUUCUGAGGCUAAAGACUUUGUCAAGCGUCUAUUAAAUAAAGAUCCAAGAAAAAGAAUGACCGCUGCUCAAGCCCUGUGUCAUUCAUGGAUCAAGAAUAGUAAUGAUAUAAAGUUUCCACUGGACAUACUGGUUUUUAAACUCAUGAAAGUUUAUAUGCGUUCAUCUCCUCUUCGUAAAGCGGCUUUGCGGGCUUUAUCUAAGACAUUGACAGUUGAUGAGCUCUUCUAUUUGAAGGAGCAAUUUGUGUUGUUGGAACCAACUAAGAACGGAACUAUAAGCUUGGAAAACAUCAAACAGGCCUUGAUGAGAAAUUCAACGGAUGCCAUGAAGGAUUCUCGUGUGCAUGAUCUCUUAGUGUCGCUCAAUGCACUUCAAUAUAGAAGGAUGGAUUUUGAGGAAUUCUGUGCAGCAGCUUUGAGUGUUCAUCAGCUGGAGGCACUGGACCGAUGGGAGCAACAUGCUCGUUGCGCCUACGAUCUAUUUGAGAAAGAUGGCAAUAGGGCGAUUAUGAUUGAGGAGUUGGCUUCUGAGCUCGGCCUUGGCCCAUCUAUCCCUGUUCAUGCAGUGCUGCAUGACUGGAUCAGGCACACAGAUGGAAAGCUAAGUUUUCUUGGUUAUGUGAAACUGUUGCACGGCGUGUCUACUCGAGCCAUAGCCAAAGCUCAAUAACACUGAGCCAUUAUUGAUCUUGCCAGAGUUAUAAGGACCCCCACUAAUCUCUUUAAACUGUUCCUCCUGUUAGUAUAUAUGUAUCAUUUAAAAUUUAUAUAUAGAUGCAAUCAAACAAUUUAACCUCUAGAGAGUUGUACAUGUUUUUGACAUAAAAGAACAAACAUUUAUUUUC